UCGUUCAUCCUUUAAGCUGUCUACUCUGUCUUCGGAGUCAAGAAAUGAACUUGUUAGCCACUUUGAGAGCCAAAGAUCCUAUUUUUCCUUCCUGUUAAGCUUUAUAUGAGCAAUUAGCUGCUAAGAGAUAUUGUACUGUUAGCUUUCGAGCUGUUCAAGUUGCGGUUUUUAAAACUGCUUUAGGGUUUUGUCUUCCUUUCUUUUAUUUUUUUUGUUCUUUUUUAUUGUGGAAUGGUAACUGAGAGCCCUCUUAAAAUCUUGUCUGAUAUGGGGAUGCGACCGAUGCUCGGGAGCAACGAUGGAUCUUUUGGAGAGGAGUUUGGGAAGGAGUUAGGCCUGUUGCUUCGAGAGCAACGACGGCAGGAGGCAAAUGAUAGGGAGAGGGAGCUUAAUCUGUACAGGAGUGGUUCUGCUCCUCCGACCGUCGAGGGAUCCUUAAAUGCUGUUGGAGGUCUGUUCGGCCAUGUCGGAGAUGCCUCGCUCUCAGACUUUGCUGGCAUUAAGAACGACAACGGAUUCUCGGAAGAACAGCUCCGCUCUGAUCCAGCCUACCUUUCUUAUUAUUACUCUAACGUGAACCUGAACCCCCGUCUUCCGCCACCUUUGCUCUCUAAGGAGGAUUGGCGUUCCGCUCAGAGGCUUCAAGGAGGGAGUUCGGUGAUAGGAGGCAUUGGAGAUAGAAGGAAGGUGAAUCGAGCUGAUGACGGGGGCAGUAGAUCGCUGUUCUCAUUGCAGCCUGGGUUUAAUUCACAGAAAGAAGAGAACGAGGUUGAGCUGAGGAAACCACAGGCUUCAUCGGAGUGGGGUGGUGAUGGCCUGAUUGGAUUGUCGGGAUUAGGACUUGGGAGCAGACAGAAGAGCCUCGCAGAUAUUUUUCAGGAUGAUCUGGGGCGUGCAACACCUGUCUCUGGCCACCCUUCUCGCCCUGCCAGCCGUAAUGCCUUUGAUGACAGUGUGGAGGCACUAAGUUCUGCUGAAUCUCAGCUUGCUCAUUUGCAUCUUGAAUUGGCAGCUGUAGAUGCUCUGCGGUCUGGUGCAAACAUUCAGGGCAUGUCCGGGGUCCAUAACAUUGGUUCGUCGACUUCUCAUAGUUUUGCGUCUGCUUUAGGUGCCUCCUUAUCGAGAAGCACAACUCCUGAUCCUCAACUUGUUGGUAGAGCUCCUAGUCCUUGCCUUCCACCUGUUGGAGGAGGGAGGGUCAGUGAUAAAGAUAAGAGGAAUAACAUUGGUCCUAACUCAUUCAAUGGUGUUGCAUCAAGUAUGACUGAGUCUACCGAUCUUGUAACUGCUUUAUCAGGAAUGAGUUUGUCAACAAAUGGUGUGGUAGAUGAAGAGAGUCAUGCACAACCGCAUGUUCAACAUGGUCUGGAUGAUCACCAUAGUUUCCUAUUCAAUCUGCAAGGUGGUCAGAACAGUGUUAAGCAGAACCCAUACUUGAAUAGAUCUGAGUCUGGUCAUUUAAAUCUGCCUUUAAUUCCUCACGCAACAAAGGGAUCAUACCCUAAUUUGGGUAAAAGCAAUGGGACUGGGAUGGACCUGAACAACUCUUCGGUGAUAGUUGAUGCACAAGCUGAACUGCAUAAACCUGCUGUAUCGUCUGGUAACUUGUACAUGAAAGGUCCCUCUACUCCCAUGCUUAAUAGUGCAGGAGGUUCUCCUUCUCACUAUCAGAAUGUAGAUGGUUCAAAUUCAGCAUUUGCAAAUUAUGGUUUAGGUGGUUAUUCCAUGAUUACAGGUCAGCUUGGCAGUGGUAACCUGCCUCCUUUAUUUGAAAAUGUUGCUGCAGGAUCUGCUAUGGCAGCCCCUGGCAUGCACUCUAGAACACUGGGGGGAGGUUUGCCUUCUGGAGCAAAUUUGACCAAUGCAGCAGAGUUGUCAAAUCUCAACAGGAUGGGCAAUCAUACUGGGAAUGCUCUUCAAGUGCCCCUUAUGGAUCCUAUGUAUCUUCAGUACUUGAGGACAGCUGAGUACGCUGCAGCACAGGUUGCAGCCCUUAAUGACCCUUCUGUUGACAGGAACUACCUUGGGAAUUCAUAUGUGGAUUUACUUGGGCUCCAAAAAGCUUAUCUUGGGGCAUUGCUUUCACCCCAGAAAUCACAGUAUGGAAUGCCUUUCCUAGGUAAAUCUGGCAACCUCAAUCCUGGUUACUAUGGAAAUCCUCCUUUUAAUCUUGGUAUGUCGUAUCCUGGAAGCCCAUUGGCUAGUCCGGUUCUUCCCAAUUCUCCUGUUGGACCUGGUAGUCCUAUUAGGCAUGAUCGAAACAUGCGUUUUCCUCCUGGGCUGAGAAACUUAAGUGGUGGUGUCAUGGGAUCCUGGCACUCGGAAGGUGCUGGAAACAUGGAUGAGAGCUUUGCAUCGUCACUUUUGGAGGAAUUUAAGAGCAACAAAACCAAAUGUUUUGAACUUUCAGAAAUUGCAAGUCAUGUUGUUGAAUUCAGUGCUGAUCAGUAUGGGAGCCGAUUUAUACAACAAAAACUUGAAACAGCUACAACGGAAGAGAAAAACAUGGUUUUCCAGGAAAUCAUUCCCCAAGCUCUUUCUUUGAUGACUGAUGUUUUCGGUAACUAUGUUAUCCAAAAGUUUUUUGAGCAUGGAACUGCAUCUCAGAGAAGAGAAUUGGCAAACCAGCUAACUGGUCAUGUUUUGACACUCAGUCUCCAAAUGUAUGGCUGUCGAGUGAUACAAAAGGCGAUAGAAGUUGUAGAUUUGGACCAACAGACUAAAAUGGUCGCAGAGCUUGAUGGUAAUGUCAUGCGUUGUGUACGUGACCAAAACGGGAAUCAUGUCAUCCAGAAGUGUAUUGAGUGCAUACCUCAGGAUGCUAUUCAGUUCAUUAUUUCUUCAUUCUAUGAUCAAGUUGUUACACUUUCCACCCAUCCCUAUGGCUGUCGUGUCAUACAGAGAGUACUGGAGCAUUGCAAUGACCCAAAAACACAGCGUAUUAUGAUGGUUGAGAUCUUGCAAUCUGUUUGCAUGUUGGCGCAGGACCAAUAUGGAAAUUAUGUCGUUCAGCAUGUACUGGAGCAUGGAAAACCAAAUGAGCGUACUGCUAUAAUAAAGAAGUUAGCUGGGCAGAUAGUUCAAAUGAGUCAACAGAAAUUUGCUUCCAAUGUUGUUGAAAAGUGCUUAACUUUUGGUGGUCCCGCAGAACGUCAGAUUUUGGUCAAUGAGAUGCUUGGUUCCACAGAUGAGAACGAGCCUCUGCAGGCUAUGAUGAAAGAUCAGUUUGCAAACUAUGUUGUACAGAAAGUGCUGGAAACUUGUGAUGACCAGCAACGUGAACUGAUCCUAUCACGAAUAAAGGUCCAUUUGAAUGCACUGAAGAAGUACACUUAUGGGAAGCAUAUAGUUGCACGUGUAGAGAAGCUUGUAGCCGCUGGGGAGAGGAGAAUUGGUAUUCAGUCUCCAUACCCUGCUUAGAUGGCAUCCGAAAGUUGUACAGCUAACUGAGGCUAGUAUGAGCUCUCUCUCUCCCCCACUUCUCCCCUUGUUCAGUUAUUGCUCUGUCUAUUUAGAAGGUACGAGCUGAUUGGGAAUAAAAUUAUUGCUUGUACUGGAAAACUGUACAUUGUGUAGUUUGAGGGUAUACCUAGAAUCAGGCAAGCUGAGGCUCAGUGAAUACACCUGAUGCCCCUGCGGAGGAGAUAAAAUGAGUGUACAAGUUUUUUAAGGGUGUAAAGAGUUGAAAAAGAAAAAAAAGAGGUAGUGAAUAUGUUAACACGACUGUACAAAUGUCGCCAUGUGGAGAGCCUUCAGUGUUAGAUGAGGCCAGAAAUUUUCUGUCUAUGGGAUUUUUUUUUAUCCUUUAUUGAAGUACAGUUUUCUGUGAUGGUCCAGUCCUGUAUUUGAAUACUUGGCUGGCAUGGUUAAUUUUAUAUUUCCUUAAGCA